AGAGUUCCACACCAAUUUCUCUGCAAUUUGCUAUCGUCAAUGACGACGAUUCAAAAGCAAAGGACGAAAUUAUUGAGUAACCUAUGGAUCUCCUCAGAAUCAAAACUCUCUUGCCUGUCUAAUCAAGAAGUUGCAGAUCAAAUAUCCAAAACCCUAAUCAGCUCGGGCUCCAAGUCUCUCCGAGCCACAUCCUCCCUCUUCUCCAACCUCGAUUCCGACGCAGCACAGCUUGUUCUCUCAAAUCCAGCUCUCAAAACCCAGACUUGCUUGGAUUUCUUUAAUUUCCUCAACAGAAGCCAACCCCUCGCUUCAUACAAACACGAUCUUCGAGCCUAUCUAACCUUGGUUUGCAGGCUAUUCAAGGAUAAAAGGUUCGCAGUGGCCAAAAAUAUCCUAAAAUCUGCAGUCCUGAAUGAAGAUCUCAAUUGCCGGAUUUCAGUCGUUGCGUCUUUGGUGGAGAGUUGCUGUGAUGAAUCCUGGAUACAUGGAAAGUUACUCGAUAUGCUAUUUAGGGUUUAUGCGGAUAGUAACAAAUGCGAAGAGGCCUUGGAGACCUUCGAGUACAUGAAAAGCAUUGGUUUUGAUAUUGAUGAGAGGUCUUGCACAUUUCAUCUACUCGCCCUCAAGAGGUCUGGUCAGGUGGAGUCGGCUUUAGGGUUCCUUCUCCGUAUGCUUGAAUCGGGUGUUACAAUCUCUGUUUAUUCUUUGACGAUAGUGGUUGAUGCCCUGUGUAAACAAGGAGAGAUUACUAGAGCUAGGGAGCUGAUUGGUGAGAUGGGUAGGAGAGGGGUCAAACCUAAUAUCGUCACUUACAAUUCCCUGAUAGAUGCCUAUGUCAAGAGGGAAGAUUUCCUGCAAGUAAAUGAGAUCUUGAACUUUAUGGUCCGGGAAGGUGUAGCAGCCAACGUUAGAACCUACACUUUCUUAAUUGAUGGGUUCUCCAGCUCUGGCAAGAUCCAUGAAGCCGAAAGAGUGUUCAAGGAAAUGAACUCAACGGGUGUUGAAGCAGAUAUCUAUGUGUAUAGCUCCCUCAUCCAUGGGCAUUGUAGACUAGGGAACAUGAAGAGGGCGUUUGCGCUGUUCGAUGAAUUGACUGAGAGAGGCCUCAGUCCAAGUGCACACACUUAUGGGUCUUUGAUCUCUGGCCUCUGCAAGGUCGGGCAGAUGAUUGCAGCAAAGAAGUUGAUAAAUGAGAUGCAAAGCAAAGGAAUCGACUUAAAUAAGGUCAUAUUCAACACAUUAAUGGAUGGGUAUUGCAAGCAAAAAAUGGUAGAUGAAGCCUUAAAAUUGCAGGAUGUGAUGGAGAAGAAAGGUCUUGAGCUGGAUGUAUUCACGUAUAACACCAUAGCCAGUGGGUUGUGUAAGUCAAACCGAUAUAACGAGGCAAAGACACUUUUGCUCAGUAUGACUGAAAGAGGUGUGAGUCCGAAUACCGUUAGCUUCACUACUCUGAUUGACAUAUAUUGCAAGGAAGGAGAUAUGGUGGAAGCAAGGAGGGUGUUUCGCGAGAUGGAAAAGAUGGGAGUAAAGUAUAGUACUGUGACAUACAAUACCCUAAUAGAUGGUUAUAGCAAGAAAGAGAAUAUGAAGGAUGCUAAUAAACUUAGAGAUGAAAUGGAAGAGAGAGGGUUUAUGCCAGAUGUGUACACCUACACUUCACUUAUUCAUGGCCACUGUGUGGUGGGAAAGGUAGAAGAAGCACUGAAACUCUUUAACAAAAUGCCUGAGAAAGGUUUACUGCGCAAUAUGGUCACCUAUGCAGCAAUGAUUUCGGGAUUGUCCAAGGCUGGGAGAUCCAAUGAGGCAUUUAGAUUGUAUGAUGAGAUGAUUGAGGCAGGAAUUAAACCUGAUGACUCUGUCUACUCUUCACUGGUGGGUAGCCUUCAUACAGCAACAUCUUGAUACAGAUUCAGUUGU